AUGGGGUUCCAAGAGAAGCGCCACCAGGUGGAUAAAGGGCUCGACAUGGAGGGCAAGCCGACGUGGGUCAUCGCCGGGAUCUCGCUGCGCUCCCCGUUGAAGCCGAUAUACACCGGCUCCCCGCGGAGCCGCGGCGAGUGGGACGACGACGGCGGCUGCGGCGGCGAGGAGGAGGAACUCUCCACGACCCCGACGGGGGAAGAGGCGAGGAUCCCGGUUAAGUUCACGUGCCCGCCGCCGGCCCCGAGGAAGCGGAAGCCGGCCUUGAAGUACCGCUACGACGGAGUUAGGAGUUCUUUAACCCUCCGGAUUUGGAGAGCGUGUUCAUGCGCAAAGCCGAAAGGGCUAACUGAUUAUGGGAGAGAUUUGUGUAGUUGUUAA